AUAUUUGCCUACCUGAACUACAGAGUGCCACGGACAAGGAAGGAGAUAUUUGACACACUGGUAAAGGGACUGCAGAGACUUGAGUACAGGGGAUAUGACUCGGCAGGUAAAAAACAUCAUGUUGUGGUCUUAUUUGAUCUCAGUCAUAGACAAGAGACAGUCUCCCUUAGGCCAAUAAAGAUAUCUAGUCUCCAAAUAGCCUCUUGAUGAAGUCCAACAUGACACCAUGGUUCAGGGUUGUAAUAAUCUAGUUAACCCAGAACUAAAUUAUUGCGUAAUUUGGUGAGAUGCUCGUGUUUACAUAGUCUGUCCACCAGUGUUGUGUUCGAGACCAUCUAAAGCGAAAUUCUGACAAGCGCGACAAAGUUUGAAGAUAUUUUUCAAUUAAAGUAAAGGACAGUAAUGUUACGAGUGAAAUAGGAAGCCCAGAUUUCAAUAUGCAAUAAGUUAUGAAUGUGUCAUGAGGGAGUGUGGAUAUUUGACCUGGCAAAGCAGUUUUAUGGGCUGACUGAAUGGGUGCUGAUAAUUAUGAGGUUUCUUACUCAGCUGGUCUGGAGAAGAAAUGGUGAGUCCUCAUUGUCCGAGACAGAGUCAAUACCGAGACACUCAAUAUGUGGUCUAUACUACAACACUGCUGUCCACAAGAGAUUAUGGUUGUAAUAGAUUCAUGUUUUUGCUGCGUUUGGCUUUCAGGUGUCGGAGUGGAUGGCCCUAGGAAAAAUGAUAACGGUGACAACGUCAACAUUUGCCUGAUCAAGAAGAGGGGGAAGGUCAAGGCUCUGGAAGAGGAGCUCUACAGUAAGAUGAACUCUCUACUCUGCUACACUAAACUGAACUCUACUCUCCCUCCCUAGUCUCCUACAGUAAGAUGAACUCUCUACUCUGCUACACUAAACUGAACUCUCUACUCUCCCUCCCUAGUCUCCUACAGUAAGAUGAACUCUCUACUCUCCCUCUCUACUCACCCUCCCUAGUCUCCUACAAUAAGAUGAACUCUCUACUCCCCCUCUCUACUCUGCUACAGUUAGCUGAACUCUCUACUCUCCUACAGUAAGAUGAACUCUCUACUCUCCCUCUCUACUCUCCUACAGUAAGAUGAACUCUCUACUCUCCCUCUCUACUCUCCUACAGUAAGAUGAACUCUCUACUCCCCCUCUCUACUCUGCUACAGUAAGCUGAACUCUACUCUGCUACAGUUAGCUGAACUCUCUACUCACCUACAUUAAGAUGAACUCUCUACUCUCCCUCUCUACUCUCCUACAUUAAGCUGAACUCUCUACUCUCCUACAGUAAGAUGAACUCUCUACUCUCCCUCUCUACUCUCCUACAGUAAACUGAAUUCUCUACUCCCCCUCUCUACUCUGCUACAUUAAGCUGAACUCUCUACUCUGCUACAGUUAGCUGAACUCUACUCUGCUACAGUUAGCUGAACUCUACUCUGCUACAGUUAGCUGAACUCUCUACUCACCUACAUUAAGAUGAACUCUACUCUGCUACAGUUAGCUGAACUCUACUCUGCUACAGUUAGCUGAACUCUCUACUCACCUACAUUAAGAUGAACUCUCUACUCCCCCUCUCUACUCUGCUACAGUAAGCUGAACUCUACUCUGCUACAGUUAGCUGAACUCUCUACUCACCUACAUUAAGAUGAACUCUCUACUCUCCCUCUCUACUCUGCUACAGUAAGAUGAACUCUCUACUCUGCUACAGUUAGCUGAACUCUCUACUCACCUACAUUAAGAUGAACUCUCUACUCUCCCACUCUACUCUGGUACAUUAAGCUGAACUCUCUACUCAUCUACAUUAAGCUGAACUCUCUACUCUCCCAGUCUACUCUGCUACAUUAAGCUGAACUCUACUCUCCUACAUUAAGCUGAACUCUCUACUCUGCUACAUUAAGCUGAACUCUCUACUCUGUUACAUUAAGCUGAACUCUCUACUCGCCCUCUCUAUUCUGCUACAUUAAGCUGAACUCUCUACUCCCCCUCUCUACUCUCCUACAUUAAGCUGAACUCUCUACUCUCCCUCUCUACUCUCCUACAUUAAGCUGAACUCUCUACUCCCCCCCUCUACUCUCCUACAUUAAGCUGAACUCUCUACUCUGCUACAUUAAGCUGAACUCUCUACUCUCCUACAUUAAGCUGAACUGUCUACUCCCCCUCUCUACUCUCCUACAUUAAGCUGAACUCUCUACUCUCCCUCUCUACUCUGUUACAUUAAGCUGAACUCUCUACUCCCCCUCUCUACUCUCCUACAUUAAGCUGAACUCUCUACUCUCCUACAUUAAGUUGAACUCUCUACUCCCUCUCUACUCUCCUACAGUAAGCUGAACUCUCUACUCUCCCUCUCUAAUCUCCUACAUUAAGCUGAACUCUCUACUCUCCCUCUCUACUCUGCUACAUUCAGCUGAACUCCCUACUCUGCUACAGUAAGAUGAACUCUCUACUCUGCUACAGUUAGCUGAACUCUCUACUCACCUACAUUAAGAUGAACUCUCUACUCUCCCACUCUACUCUGGUACAUUACGCUGAACUCUCUACUCAUCUACAUUAAGCUGAACUCUCUACUCUCCCAGUCUACUCUGCUACAUUAAGCUGAACUCUCUACUCUCCUACAUUAAGCUGAACUCUCUACUCUGCUACAUUAAGCUGAACUCUCUACUCUCCUACAUUAAGCUGAACUGUCUACUCCCCCUCUCUACUCUCCUACAUUAAGCUGAACUCUCUACUCUCCCUCUCUACUCUGUUACAUUAAGCUGAACUCUCUACUCCCCCUCUCUACUCUCCUACAUUAAGCUGAACUCUCUACUCCCCCUCUCUACUCUCCUACAUUAAGCUGAACUCUCUACUCCCCCUCUCUACUCUCCUACAUUAAGCUGAACUCUCUACUCUGCUACAUUAAGCUGAACUCUCUACUCUCCUACAUUAAGCUGAACUGUCUACUCCCCCUCUCUACUCUCCUACAUUAAGCUGAACUCUCUACUCUCCCUCUCUACUCUGUUACAUUAAGCUGAACUCUCUACUCCCCCUCUCUACUCUCCUACAUUAAGCUGAACUCUCUACUCUCCUACUUAGUUGAACUCUCUACUCCCUCUCUACUCUCCUACAGUAAGCUGACCUCUCUACUCUCCCUCUCUACUCUCCUACAUUAAGCUGAACUCUCUACUCUCCUACAUUAAGCUGAACUCUCUACUCCCCCUCUCUACUCUCCUACAUUAAGCUGAACUCUCUACUCUCCCUCUCUACUCUCCUACAUUAAGCUGAACUCUCUACUCUCCCUCUCUACUCUCCUACAUUAAGCUGAAAUCUCUACUCUCCCUCUCUACUCUGUUACAUUAAACUGAACUCUCUACUCUCCCUCUCUACUCUCCUACAUUAAGCUGAACUCUCUACUCCCCCUCUCUACUCUCCUACAUUAAGCUGACCUCUCUACUCUCCCUCUCUACUCUCCUACAUUAAGCUGAACUCUCUACUCUCCUACAUUAAGCUGAACUCUCUACUCUCCCUCUCUACUCUCCUACAUUAAGCUGAACUCUCUACUCCCCCUCUCUACUCUCCUACAUUAAGCUGAACUCUCUACUCUCCCUCUCUACUCUCCUACAUUAAGCUGAACUCUCUACUCUCCCUCUCUUACUCAACUCCAUACCACUCUACUUGAGUCAACUCCACUAAUUUCUCCCUGUUCACAGGCUAAAUGUAAGAAGGUACUACGUAUUAGCUAAUGCUUAGUAUGUUUCUCACUGCUUUGGUGUGUGUUCUAUCCUGUUGAGAAUGAACUGUCAGUGCUGUUACAUAUUGAUGUUGUAGCCUGAUCGUUGAUUGUGUGUGUGAUCAGAGAACGACUCCAUUGACCUGGACAUUGAGCUGGACACACACUUUGGCAUUGCUCACACCCGCUGGGCGACACAUGGAGAGCCCAACGCUGUCAACUGCCAUCCACACCGCUCUGACAAGAACAACGGUACGAACACACAUACUGUAGGGUCCCACAUUAAAUGGUGAGAAUUGCUGAAGCAAUGUUAGUGCAGUAUUAAGCAGUUUGUAAACACACUAUAAUGCAGUCAUUCACUCAAUACAAGAAAACUGGGGUACAGUAUAAUGUGUCCCCAUUGGCUUUACAUUGAAGCCCCUAAAAGAGCAUCUUAAAAACAGUCAUCUGGUUGACCAUUUAGAGGUUGUUAACCGACCCCUGUUGUUGCCUUCAUUUAAUGUGCCCUGGUUUCCUCAAGGAAGAGAAACACCGGAGAGCAGAUGAAAACUUUAAAGAGAAAGGGGUCAGGGGUCAUUUUUGAAAGAUAAUGAGAUGGCUUAACUCCAUGCUGUCUGAUGUAUUGCCUGGUGUCCUGGCCUGCCUGGGCUUUCUCCUUAGGCCUAUGCAGAUGUGCUUGAGUUCACCUUAGAGAGUGGGACUCUCCGUAGCUCCAUCAUGAUAGUAAAUCAUAAAGAGACCAGGAUGUUCUCCUAUGACAGGGGUCAUCAACUUUAGAUUCAGCCGCUGGCCGAUUCUUUUUUUCUUGAGCGGAUGGUCGGGUGGCCAGAACAUAAUAAUUUGUAGACUGCAAAUUGACCGCAAGAAGCCAUAACAGAUAUAAUAUUUGACUAAAGCAUAAUCAUUUGAAACCUUGCUUAUAUUUGUAAACAAUCACGUGUCUCUCUAUAAUGCGAUUUCCAAAAUUAAAAUCACUUGGAGCUGAUUUCCUGGUGUUUUUACAGUUGUUUAUGUCCAACAAUAAUACAAAAAAAUAAUAAUAAUAUAAAUAUAUAUGUAUAUAUUUCUGGCCCACCCGUGGGCCGUCAGUUGGGGAACCCUGGCCUAGGACAUAAAACAAGAGAGACUGACCUUAAAUACAAAAACAUUUGUGCUUCUGCACGUACAUUGCUUGCUCUUUGAAGUUUUAGUCUGGGUAUCUGUAAAGCACUUUGUGACAACUGCUGACGUAAAAAGCUUUAUAAAAUAAUAAUAAUAAUAAUAAUAAAAUAAAAUUGAUUGAUUGUUUGAAAGACUAAUUAAAGCGGAGUAGAUAUUUACUUACAAUAAUUACACUUACACUGUAGCCAUUAGCUCAUGUUUGACACAAGGUAAUGUUACGCUGUCACAGAGGAAUACAUAUACUGUGAAUGCUAAAUAUUGUGAUCUCUGUUCUUCACCUUAGAAUUUGUUGUGAUCCACAAUGGCAUCAUCACUAACUACAAGGAGCUCAGGAAGUACCUGGUAAGUUGUGACAACACAUUCCAAUGUGGACAUACAUUUACACACCUUGAACACAUUAUUGCUACUAGCCCUUUGUACACGGGUACCCUGCUCUGUACAGACGUCAUAACCAGAAGAAGUGGAGUUUUACAACAGUGUGAAGACCACACAGACGCCCUUAGGCCAUUGGUCAGUAGACCCAAUAGAGAUCAUAUAUGUGGGGUUUGUUUGUAGACGUUAGCAAAUGUUAUUUAAUGAAAGGACAUUACAGUAUUCUAUUUCUGGAGCAUGGAUGUAUAAAGGUGUUGACGUAGAAAUACAAUCAAUAGAACGGGCCUCCCCAUUCAAGUCAAUGGUGGCAUAUUGGGUGGACUGGCAGCCAUUGCGAGUGUACCCAUUAGUUUACCAGUGAAAUGACCAGGAUUAGAGUUACCAAGCCCUUUCUAUGGACUCUGUUUCUAUGGGUGUUGAUGGGUCAGACCGUAGAUUCCUGUACAGAUUCUCCUGUCUUUGCCAUUCAUGGAUGCGGUCUGUCAUGGUCUGCAUUGCUGUUUCAUUAGCCAGACUGAGCUAAUAACUGAGACUGACAGUUAGGCUAUAUCUCUACGUCCAUUUAGAGAGAAACAUUGUCUGUUUUGAAGGUUGUUGUGUCUGUAACUAACAGUAGUGUUUUGUAUACUGCCGUCAGAACUCCAAGGGCUACAAGUUUGAGUCGGAGACGGACACCGAGGUCAUCCCCAAGCUGAUUAAAUACGUCUAUGACAACAGCGAGAACGAUUAUGUGUCCUUCUCCACCCUGGUGGAGCGCGUCAUUCAGCAGCUGGUAAGCGUCAUGGAGGGGUGUGGGGGCUUCUGGGAAAAUCUCAGUAUAUGACCACACACAAUUAACUGUCCUGUCUCAAUGAAAUGGGCCCUUUGAUGUAGCUGCAUGUGGUAGUGUAGUUGAUUCUGUUGUGACGAACUGAAUUCAUUUAGGAUGUGUCAGCUGGGGUUGUGUGUUGCAACGUCUCUCUCUUUCCCCCCCCUGUCUGGCUUGUUUUACUGUUUCCCUUGAAACACAUUGCAUAAUGCAAAGCAGUCGUCCGUAUGUAGCAGCUAACUUAAUGCCCUCCGCAACCUGAAAGGAAAAGGUUUUUAGGUUAUAAGAGUCCUGCUGUGCUCAGUGUGCUGGGAUCUGGUUGCGUCUAGUUUUAGAAGUGGCUCUGGAAGAUGACCUAAUAUCCUGUAUAUCACCCCACCCCAACCCACUACCCCAGGAGAAAACUAAGACCUCACUCUGUAGCUUCAAUAAAAGAAGGGGAAAGUUGAACGAAAUUUGCUCUUGGCCUAAUUGAAAACAGACUGAAUCAUAAGCUGUGUGUGUGUGUGUGUGUGUGUGUGUGUGUGUGUUACUUUGUGUUUAUUUGUUUUACAAUUCUCCUCCCCUCUCAGUUUGGCCAAUGAGAGAGCUCAGGGCUAGGGAGCAGAGUAGUGCUUUCACAGAGAGGGCUCUUAUUCCUCGUACAGCCUGAGUGUGUGGAGCUCUGUUUCCUCCCAGCGUACCCCAUCUAUCUCCCUGCCUCACAGCGUACCCCAUCUAUCUCCCCACCUUACUGGGCCGCUGGGCUGGUGUUUAGGCAGGGGAUAAAGGGUUCCGCUGAUUUGCCAUAAUUUCCUAUCAUUUUGUCUUCUAUCACUUUCCUUUGACUGGUGUCUAUUGGGUUUAGCCCGUCUAGGGACUGGUGUCUAUUGGGUUUAGCCCGUCUAGGGACUGGUGUCUAUUGGGUUUAGCCCGUCUAGGGACUGGUGUCUAUUGGGUUUAGCCCGUCUAGGGACUGGUGUCUAUUGGGUUUAGCCCGUCUAGGGACUGGUGUCUAUUGGGUUUAGCCCGUCUAGGGACUGGUGUUGGACAUGAGUGCAGGCUAUGAAGUUUAAACGUUAUAGUGCAUCUGACUGUUGUUGAUGACUCAUUGUGUCAAUAUCAUCCUGUCCUAAAUGAGAUCAUAUUGGCUGUGAAUUCACUGAGGCCUACAGGAUGUCCUUUCUGACACCACUAACUUGUUGUACUCUUUUUGUCUCUUCUCUCUAAGGAAGGUGCUUUUGCUCUUGUUUUCAAAAGCAUCCACUUCCCGGGGGAAGCUAUAGCCACCAGGUCAGUAUGAUCCGUCUCAUUUCUCUCCUCUUCUCGGCCCGUCACUUCUAUCUCACACGUACGCCCUGCCUACCAUAACACUUUACCAUCCAUUAUAGAUUUACCCCCAGCCUGACCUCUAACCCUGUUCCUGACCUCAAAGGGUUGCGUAAUGUCCUGUAGAACUCUCACUAAGCACAAAGUUCUGUGGAGGUUCAAGUGGAAGCCCCUGAAUCAGGGAAUCUGAUCCUGUUUCAAAGAGUUCGGUCACCACAUGCCCACUAUAAUGCAAUGUUCUAGUUUAGGUGAAACGGUAAAGCCAGGUAUGAAAAAGGCAUGACGGUUAUGUAAGAAACCUAUAGAGGUUUUGUCAUUCUUUUUAUAAGCAUCAUGUAAAUUGUAUACCAGUAAAGAUUACACAUUAUGCACGGUAAGCAUCACUGUUUGUUCACUGUGUCUGUGUCUGUGUCUGUGUGUGUGUCUGUGUCUGUGUCUGUGUGUGUGUGUCUGUGUCUGUGUGUGUGUGUGUCUCUGUGUCUAUGUGUCUGUGUGUGUCUGUGUCUGUGUGUGUGUCUGUGUGUGUGUGUCUCUGUAUGUGUGUGUCUGUGUCUCUGUGUGUCUCUCUGUGUGUGUGUGUGUCUGUGUCUCUGUGUGUGUCUGGGUCUCUGUGUGUCUGUGUCUGUGUGUGUGUGUCUGUGUCUGUGUGUCUCUGUGUCUGGGUGUGUCUGUGUGUGUCUGUGUCUGUGUGUGUCUCUGUGUGUGUCUCUGUGUGUGUCUCUGUGUGUGUGUGUGUGUGUGUGUGUGUGUGUGUGUGUGUGUGUGUGUGUGUGUGUGUGUGUGUCUGUGUGUGUCUCUGUGUGUGUCUGUGUCUGUGUGCAAACUAGUGUGUGUGUGUGUGUGUGUUUGCGUUAGUUAAGAUUUCUCCUCGCCCUCUCAGUUUUCCCAGUGAGAGAGCUCAAUGGGCUUGGGAGCAGAGAAGAGCGUUUCCAGAAAGGGCUCUUAUGCCUCUUUCAGCCUGAGUGGGCUAGGGACCAGAAUGGAGCUUUUCCAGAGAGGGCUCUUAUGCACUGAGUGUAGUUUACUGUCUUUUGUCAGAGUUGCUUCCCAGGGGAAAGAAUGGUUACAAUUAAGUCAUUCUACAUGUGUUUGUAGUUCCUCACCCCCUGCAUUCAACAAUGCCCUCCUUCAUGGUAUUGUUGCUUGAUAUUUUGUAGUGGCAGGAAAGGGGAAAUAGCUUAAAAAUAUGAGACAUGUUCCCCUUAUUUCAAUACAUUAAUAAUUGAUCAUUUUCUAACCAAGGGGCGUAGGCACAGGUGGGCCCCACUGGGGAGCCCAGGCCCAUCCAAUCAGAUAGAAAAUACAAAUAAAUAAAGCUCUUGUCAGUGUUCCAAAUGGGACAUAAUUUAUAUUUUAACCUAAACAUUCAAACACCAUCAGAUAGAAUUCAUAGCAAGCAGUACACUGAGUAAGUCAGAUUUGAUUAAAUAUAACCGAACAGAUUAACUGGAAUGACAUUCACUCUCACGGGAUGGGUUGCCAAAAAUAGCUAACUGAAAGCGACACCCCCAAUAAGCCACAAAUAUGACUGCAUUGAGGCAUAUGACAGUGUUUCUAUGGCUAUACAGUAUAUACACCAUGCCACUGCCUAUUUCAUUUGUUCAUUUAGCAAAUAAGACAGCUGAUAUUCCAGUGCCUUUAUCACAGUCAACACACCUUUAUUUAAGCUUUAAUUAUCUUUAAAACUGCAAAAUUCUCUCAUAGCCUCUUGGCAAAAUGUGUAGAAUUGCAGGAACUUUGCUUUAAAACAGCAACAUUUUCUCUCUGCCUCAUGGCAAAAUGUGUAGAAUAUCAUGAGAUUAGCUAUAAAACUGCAAAUGUUUCUCUUUGCCCAAUGGCCCAAAUUUCUUUAGGCCCACGCCACUGGUCUAACCAUAAAGAUCUCAGGGUAUUAUAAUGCACAAAGCAAGUGAUUGCACAAUACCAGAUUGAGUGAUGUUUGUGGUGUGUGUGUGUGGGAUUCUGUUGGCUUGUCUUUAUAGCUGAGUGAAGGGAUGUGGUGUACUCUGUGUGGGAGAAAGUGGAGGGUGUGUUAUGACUGCCUUUGUAUAUUCUAAGAGGGCUUGUCUCAGACAGCGGUUUGAUUUGGGCCAAAAAAUGUAGAUCUAGGUCAUACCAGUUUCUCUCUUUCACAAUGUCUCAUUCCAGCCUCAGCCUCUCUAAUGGUCUCUGUCACUGUCGUCCUACCUUAGGAGAGGAAGUCCUCUGCUUAUCGGCGUGAGGAGCAAGUACGAGCUGUCUAUGGAACAUAUCCCUAUUCAGUACAACAGUACUGGUGAGUCCCUCCUUGCCUUAGAACACUACGCCUACUCUCUCUGGGUGCCUCUGUAAACUAGGCCAGCUGUUGGCAGCGGCGAACUGAUACUUUUAGUACUGGUGUUUUUAAAUAUUGUCCUUAUAAUUUGUAAUACCCCUGUUGUGUAUUGUCGCUGUAAUGAGCAUGUGGAGCUGUAGGUUGGGAUUUGUGACUGGAGUUGCUGGUGCAAUCCCUGCUGUAUAGGUAAACUGCUGUUUGUCAUCAAGCAGAGCACUUAAUGAAUUUAUGUCAACUUUAGCUGUCAACGUUCUUGUGCUCAGAACCAUGCUUUUGAUUAAUAUGUUUUCAUUUAGCUGAAAAUAAACAUGACUGAUUGAAAUGAAGUGUUAUAUUAAGGAGGGGAUAGGAAAACUUACCAAAGACAAAAUGUUAAGAACACCCUUUUGAGUGAGCCUAAAUAAUAUCUGUCUGUAAUGUUUAGUGUCAAUUACAUUUCAAAAGGUUUAGUAAGGACUUUGUCAUAAGCUGUUAUACAACUGAAGUUCCUUCUGGAAUUUAAAAAAAUAAUGUUCUAUUCUGUUCUGUCUGCUUGACCGUGUCUACUUUCCAGGGCACUUUAUAGAAGGCAUCCAGCAGAGGAAUUUCAGGAACAGGGUGGACAGCACCGUAGCCUUGCACUCAGUCAGUGACAGGAAGGCAGUGGAGUUCUACUUUGCUUCUGAUGCCAGGUGAGAGCCACGAGAAGAUAAAUCUCCCCCCAACUGGAAAACUAACCCCAGAUGUAAUUAAUGUAGCUCUUAGAGUUAAAUACUGAGUGUGUUCUACACUUCUAUCUACUGGCCGAAAACUGUCAUUACAUGAUACAAAAAAUAUUCAGUUCUUAUUCAUAUUGUAACCUAUUUACUGUAGAUUACUGCCAUGUUCCUUACACAUUCAUGAAAAAAUGAAAAACAAAUAUUUGUCCUUCCUGCCUCACCCUCAGUGCCAUCAUUGAACACACCAACAAGGUGAUCUACCUGCAGGAUGAUGACAUAGCAGCGGUGGCCGAGGGCAAGCUGUCCCUGCACCGUAUGAGCCGCUGUGCCGGGGAGGACCCUAACCGGGCCAUCCAGACCCUACAGAUGGAGCUGCAGCAGAUCAUGAAAGGUCAGGGGUCAUCACAACACAUAGUCACACACGGAUAACAAGAGCCAUGUAUUUAGAGAGUUGGAACUUUGAGGUUUCUGAUGCAUUUACAUGACACUACGAAAUUAUAUGGCAGCCAUUUUAGCACCCCAUUAACAUUACAUGGGUAAUAUUUAAACUAUGCUUUGUAAUGGAAUGUCUAGAAUUAGAACAAUAUUAGAAAUUCUAAAAGUUAGACCCACCCCUCUAAAUACAUGACUCUGCUGAUAACCAAUCAGUGUACAGUAGAUACGGACAGGGUAAUGCAGAGGUGCUGGGAUAGUUUGAAUUGUUUAGCAGUUAGUAGCUAUGUGCAGUUUUCAGAAAUGAGUGAGAGCCUGAUGCAGUCUUCUUUCACUCAGGGUCUGUCUGUAUUCCUGGGUGAUCUGUUAUUGUGGUUGGUAUUGAUACAUAACAUGGAUGUUGACUCACAGGGAACUUCAAGGCCUUCAUGCAGAAGGAGAUCUUUGAGCAGCCAGAGUCUGUCUUCAACACCAUGAGAGGAAGGAUCUGUUUUGACACCAAUACAGGUAUGGCAUAGCCUGAAAUCCAGAACCUGUUUUGCUAACAUUCCACUCCAUGUACUCCUGUGUGAUGCUAAACAUGAUGACGAGUGGCAAGGAGUGGAUUGAUAACUCAAACAGACUGGUACCCAGGCUAAGUAUGGCACACACAGUACACCAAACGGAUAUGUUUAGAAAUAGAUCAGUAGCUGAAGAUCAGAAAGGCAUCUUGUCGUUUUGUGUCAGAGAUGUGAUUUUGAUCCACAGUGGUGCUGGGGGGCCUGAAAGACCAUCUGAAGGAGAUCAGGCGCUGCAGACGCCUCAUCCUGAUUGGCUGUGGGACCAGUUUCCAUGCUGGAGUGGCGGUGAGUGCUAAACGGGUCAGGGGGCGAUUGAUGGACAUUUUGCUGUAGACUGAGUAGGAGAUUCACUAAUUGACACUUGUGUGGGUGUAACAAGAUCCUGUAUGGGUCCUGGUUCUGUAUGGCUCAGUUGGAGCGGGACACUAAACCGGAUGCAUAAAAGAAAACCACUACGACCUCCGACGAGCCAUCAAACAGGGAAAGCGUCAAUACAGGACUAAGAUCGAAUCCUACUAUGCCGGCUCUGAUGCUCGUCAGAUGUGACAGGACUCGCAAACUAUCAUGGAUUACAAAAGGAAAACCAGCCGCGAACUGCCCAGUGACGCGAGCCUAGCAGACUAGCUAAAUGCCUUCUAUGCUCGCUUCGAGGCAAGCAACACUGAACCAUGCAUGAGAGCACCAGCAGUUCCGGACGACUGUGUGAUCUCGCUCUCCAUAGCCGAUGUGAGCACCCAUAAAACUUCAAUUAAUAGCCCGGGUGUUUAUUUGCUUAAAUCACUGAACACAACAGGUGCUUAUUAGAGACGGGCUUCUAUUUGAGCCAGGUGUCUAUUUCCUUAAUGGACACAGCUUUUGCUCAUUCGCAUAGUUAAUUCCAGCAUUCACUUCCAGCAUUUUUAUCAAUUUCUGCAAUAAUGUGUUAUCAUUUACACACUGUGUCACGUUUAUUUUGUUUUAGUAUGCCUCUAUUUCAGACAACAACAAAAAACGUUUCCUUGACAUAAUAAUUAUUCUCCCCUUUGACUGUGCAUUUUUGGCAGUUCUUACUUUCGCCACUAGAGGGUGAUCGAUCGAUUUCUGGGGAUCUGUACUCCCAAAGUUGUUGCCUGUUUUUGUGCUUGCCAAUUAGUUAGCAGUUCUCAGCUGUUAGCAGCCAAUGGCUAGACAAAGGAGCUGAUCGUGGACUACAUGAAACAAAGGGCCGAGCACGCUUCCAUCCACAUCGACAGGGAUGUAGUGGAGCGGAUCAAGAGCUUCAAGUUCCUCUGUGUCCACAUCACUAAGGAAUUAACAUGGUCCACACACAACAACACAGUCAUGAAAAAGGCACGACAACGUCUCUUCCCUCUCAGGAGGCUGAAAAGAUUUGGCAUGGGCACUCAGAUCCUCAAAAAGUUCCACAGCUGCACCAUUGACAGCAUCUUGACUUGCUUCCAAUGGCGCCGGAGGGGACGGCUGCCGUUUUAUGGACUCUUAACCAACCGUGCUAUUUUGUUAGUUUUUUCACAUUGUUUGUAAGUUAUUUUGUACAUAAUGUUGCUGCUACCGUCUCUUAUGACCGAAAAGAGCUUCUGGACAUCAGAACAGCGAUUACUCACCUUGAACUGGACAAAUAAUUUUUCUUUAAUGAGUCGGACGAGAGGGAUUUGCUCCAGACAUCUGACAGGGCCCUCAUCCCCGUCAUUCACAGUAGAAAGAAAAGGAGAUAUCGCGGAAGGAGAUCGGGGUGCUUGGUAAGGAGCCGGCGACGAGUGGCUAAUCUACCUUUGCCAUCGGUACUAUUGGCCAACAAACAAUCGCUUGAUAAUAAAAUGGACGAACUAAAAGCACGUAUAUCCUACCAACGGGACAUUCAAAACUGUAAUAUCUUAUGUUUCACGAGUCGUGGCUGAACGACGACAUGAAUAACAUACAGCUGGCGGGUUAUACACUGUAUCGGCAGGAUAUAACAGCAGCCUCUGGUAAGACAAGGGGUGGCGGUCUAUGUAUAUUUGUAAACAACAGCUGGUGCAUGAUAUCUAAGGAAGUCUCAAGGUUUUGCUCGCCUGAGGUAGAGUAUCUCUUUAUAAGCUGUAGACCACACGAUCUACCAAGAGAGGUUUCAUCUAUAUUCUUCGUAGCUGUCUAUUUACCACCACAAACCGAUGCUUGCACUAAGACCGUACUCAAUGAACUGUAUACGGCCAUAAGCAAACAGGAAAACGCUCAUCCAGAGGCGGCGCUCCUAGUGGCUGGGGACUUCAAUACAGGGAAACUUAAAUCAGUUUUACCUCAUUUCUACCAGCAUGUUAAAUGUGCAACCAGAGGCGAAAAAACUCUAGACCACCUUCACUCCACACACAAAGACGCGUACAACGCUCUCCCUCACACUCCAUUUGGCAAAUCUGACCAUCAUUCUAUCCUCCUGAUUCCUGCUUACAAGCAAAAACUAAAGCAGGAAGCACCAAUAAAAAAAGUGGUCAGAUGAAGCAGAUGCUAAGCUAUAGGACUGUUUUGCCAGCACAGACUGGAAUAUGUUUCCGGGAUUCUUCCGAUAGCAUUGAGGAGUACACCACAUCAGUCACUGGCUUCAUCAAUAAGUGCAUUGAUGACGUCGUCCCCACAGUGACUGUACGUACAUAUCCCAACCAGAAGCCAUGGAUUACAGGCAACAUCCACACUGAGCUAAAGGGUAGAGCUGCCGCUUUCAAGGAGCGGGACUCUAACCCGGAAGCUUUUAAGAAAUCCCGCUAUGCCCUCCGACGAACCAUCAAACAGGCAAAGAGUCAAUACAGGACUAAGAUCGAAUCGUACUAUCAAAUAAAAUAAAAUAAAAUUUUAUUUGUCACAUACAUGUGUUUAGCAGAUGUUAUAGCGGGUGUAGCGAAAUGCUUGUGCUUCUAGCUCCGACAGUGCAGUAAUAUCUAACAAUUUCACAACAUAUACCCAAUACACACAAAAAAGUAAGGAAUGGGAUUUAAGAAUAUAUACAUAUAUGGACAAGCAAUGACAGAGCGGCAUGGACUAAGAUACAGAAUAAUAUUAUAGAAUAGAAUGCAGUAUAUACAUAUGAGAUGAGUAUUGCAAGAUAUGUAAACAAUAUUAAAGUGACUAGUGUUCCCUUUCUUAAAGUGGCCAGUGAUUUCAAUAGGCAGCAGCAGCCUCUAAUGUGCUAGUGAUGGCUAUUUAACAGUCUGAUGGCCUUGAGAUAGAAGCUGUUUUUCAUUCUCUCUGUCCCAGCUUUGAUGCACCUGUACUGACCUCGCCUUCUGGAUGAUAGCGGGGUGACCAGGCAGUGGCUCGGGUGGUUGAUGUCCUUGAUGAUCUUUUUGGCCUUCCUGUGACAUCGGGUGCUGUAUGUGUCUUGGAGGGCGGGUAGUUUGCCCCCGGUAAUGCGUUCGGGAGACCGCACCACUACACGCUCGUCGGAUGUAGCAGGGCUUGCAAACUAUUACAGACUACAAAGGGAAGCACAGCCGCGAGCUGCCCAGUGACGCAAGCCUACCAGACGAGCUAAAUUACUUCUAUGCUCUCUUCGAGGCAAGUAACACUGAAACAUGCAUGAGAGCAUUAGCUGUUCCUGUCGACUGUGUGAUCAUUCUCUCCGUAGCCGAUGUGAGUAAGACCUUUAAACAGGUCAACAUUCACAAGGCCGCAGGGCCAGACGGAUUAACAGGAUGUGUACUCCGAGCAUGCGCUGACCAACUGGCAAGUGUCUUCACUGACAUUUUCAUCCUCUCCCUGACUGAGUCUGUAAUACCAACAUGUUUCAAGCAGACCACCAUAGUCCCUGUGCCCAAGAACAAUAAGCCACACUGAUCCUCAACACGGGGGCCCUCAGGGGUGCGUGCUCAGUCCCCUCCUGUACUCCCUGUUCACUCAUGACUGCAUGGCCAGGCACGACUCCAACACCAUCAUGUUUGCCAAUGACACAACAGUGGUAGGCCUGAUCACCGACAACGACGAGACAGCCUAUAGGGAGGAUGUCAGAGACCUGGCCGUGUGGUGCCAGGACAACAACCUCUCCCUCAACGUGAUCAAGACAAAGGAGAUGAUUGUGGACUACAGGAAAAAGAAGAGGACCGAGCACGACCCCAUUCUCAUCGACAGGGCUGUAGUGGAGCAGGUUGAGAGCUUCAAGUUCCUUGGUGUCCACAUCACCAACAAACUAACAUGGUCCAAGCACACCAAGACAGUCGUGAAGAGGGCACGACAAAACCUAUUCCCCCUAAGGAGACUGAAAAGAUUUGGCAUGGGUCCUCAGAUCCUCAAAAGGUUCUAGAGCUGUACCAUCGAGAGCAUCCUGACUGGUUGCAUCACCGCCUGGUAUGGCAACUGCUUGGCCUCCGACCGUAAGGCACUACAGAGGGUAGUGCGUACGGCCCAGUACAUCACUGGGGCCAAGCUUCCUGCCAUCCAGGACCUCUUUACCAGGCGGUGUCAGAGGAAGGCCCUAAAAAUUGUCAAAGACUCCAGCCACCCUAGUCAUAGACUGUUCUCUCUGCUACCGCACGGCAAGCGGUACCGGAGCGCCAAGUCUAGGUCCAAGAGGCUUCUAAACAGCUUCUACCCCCAAGCCAUAAGAUUCUUGAACAUCUAAUCAAAUUGGUACCCAGACUAUUUGCAUUACCCCCCCCCCCCCCCCCCCCCCCCCCCUCACUUUAAUAACUCUACCUACAUGUACAUAUUACCUCAAUUACCACUACUAACCGGUGCCCCCGCACAUUGACUCGGUACCGGUAACCCCCUGUAUAUAGCCUCGCUAUUGUUAUUUUACUGCUGCUCUUUAAGUAUUUGUUACUUUUAUUUCUCAUUAUUUUUUAUUUUUUUUUAAUUUUUUAAUAUUCUUUCUUAAAACUGCAUUGUUAGUUAAGGGCUUGUAAGUAAGCAUUUCACUGUAAGGUCUACACCUGUUGUAUUCGGCGCAUGUGACAAAAAUAAUUUGAUUUGAUUUCAUCACUGCUUGGUAUUCGACCGCUACAGAGGGUAGUGCAUAAGUAAAUCACUGGGGUCAAGCUCCCUGCCAUCCAGGACAUCUAUACCAGGCGGUGUCAGGAAGGCCCUAAAAAUUGUCAAAGACUCCAGCCACCCAAGUCAUAGACUGUUCUCUCUGCUACCGCACAGCAAGCGGUACCGAUGCACCAAGUCUGGAACCAACAGGACCCUGAACGGCUUCUACCCCCAAGCCAUAAGACUAGAAAUAGUUAACCAAAUAGCUACCCGGACUAUCUGCAUUCACCCUUUUUGCACUAACUCUUUUUACGCUGCUGCUACUGUUUAUUAUCUAUCCUGUUGCCUAGUCACUUUACCCCUACAUACACUACAUGACCAAAGAUAUGUGGACACUUACUCGUCGAACAUCUCAUUCUAAAAUCAUGGACAUUAAUAUGGGGUUGGUCCCCCCUUUGCUGCUAUAACAGCCUCCACUCUUCUGGGAAGGCUUUCAACUAGAUGUUGGAACGACGCUGCGGGGACUUGCUUCCAUUCAGCCACAAGAGCAUUAGUGAAGUCGGGCACUUAAUGUUGGGCGAUUAGGCCUGGCUCGCAGUCCACAUUCCAAUUCAUCCCAAAGGUGUUCGAUGGGGUGGAGGUCAGGGCUCUGUGCAGGCUAGUCAAGUUCUUUCACACUGAUCUUGACAAACCAUUCCUGUACAGACCUCGCUUUGUACACAGGGGCAUUGUCAUGCUGAAACAGGAAAGGGCGUUCCCCAAACGGUUGCCACAAAGUUGGAAGCACAGAAUCAUCUAGAAUGUAAUUGUAUGCUGUAGUGUUAAUAUUUCCCUUCCCUGGAACUAAGGGGCCAUGAUAAACAGCCCCAGACCAUUAUUCCUCCUCCACCAAACUUUACAGUUGGCACUAUGCAUUGUGGCAGUUAGCGUUGUCUUUGCAUCCGCCAAACCCAGAUUUGUCCGUCUGACUGCCAGAUGGUGCUGACGUUGCUUCCAGAGGCAGUUUGGAACUCGGUAGUGAGUGUUGCAACCGAGGACAGACAAUUUUUAUGCCGUACAUACUUCAGCACCCGGCGGUCCCGUUCUGUGAGCUUGUGUGGCCUACCACUUUGCGGCUGAGCCGUUGUUGCUCCUAGACGUUUCCACUUCACAAUAACAACACUUACAGUUGACGAACUGACUUGUACGAAAGGUGGCAUCCUAUGACGGUGCCACGUUGAAAGUCACUGAGCUCUUCAGUAAGGCCAUUCUACUGACAAUGUUUGUCUGUGGAGAUUGCAUGGCUGUGUGCUCGAUUUUAUACACCUGUCAGCAACAGGUGUGGCUGAAAUAUCCGAAUCCACUCAUUUGAAUGUCCACAUACUUUUGUAUAUAUAUAUAUUGUAUCUACCUCAAUUACCUCGUACCCCUGCACAUCGAGUCAGUACUGGUACCAUGUGUAUAUAGCCAAGUUAUCGUUACUCAUUGUGUAUUUAUUCCUUGUGUUAUUAUUUUUCUAUAUUUUUCUCUCAGCAUUGUUGGUAGGGGCCGUAAUUAAGCAUUUCACUGUUAGUCUACACCUGUUGUUUACCAAGCAUGUGACAAAUAAAUGUUUCAUUUUAUUUGGUAGAGCAUGGCGCUUGCAACGUCACGAUUGUGGGUUCGAUUCCCGAGCCCACCCAUACGUAAAAAAUGUACGCACACUUAACUUUGGGUCAUUUUGGAUAAAAGCAUCUGCUAAAUGGCUUAUAUUAAGACAAAGGACUCCAAAAAUAGUCCAGACUCCAGGCUGAACAGUUGGUUCUUCUUAGAUUAAAAUAGAGUGAUUGAUGAUACCCACUGUGGAUAAAUGAAACCCUUCCUUAAUGCCUCUAGACCAGACAGAUUCUGGAGGAGCUGACUGAACUGCCUGUGAUGGUGGAACUGGCCUCUGACUUCCUGGACCGCAUCACUCCUGUCUUUAGAGAUGACGUCUGCUUCUUCAUCAGCCAGUCUGGUACGUGAGACUGCACAUUAUCUGGUCAGAUAUGGUGCUUGCUGCGAUCGAUUGUGCUUUAUUUCACAAGAUGCUACGACUCCACCCCCUCCAGGUGAGACAGCAGACACCCUGAUGGCGCUGCGUUACUGCCAGGGCCGCGGGGCUCUGACGGUGGGCGUCACCAACACAGUGGGCAGCUCCAUCUCCAGGGAGACAGACUGUGGCGUUCACAUCAACGCCGGCCCUGAGAUCGGCGUGGCCAGCACCAAGGUACAACACCACCACCACACAGGAUAGCCUCAGUUAAUGUGAGCUCAGUGGUGUUGGACUGAGCACGGCGACUAUAUUGAUAUAAUGAUUCACAUGUGUACCUAGGAGAUGGUGUACUGUGUUUAUGUGAGUGCCUGGUAGACUAGAGUUUGUGUAUGACUGCUCACAGUGCCCCAUACGUUCUCCAGGCGUACACUAGUCAGUUUGUGGCCCUCACCAUGUUUGGUCUGAUGAUGAGUGAGGACAGGAUCUCCCUACAGAAGAGGAGACUGGAGAUCAUCAAUGGCAUGAGGAUGCUGCCAGGUCAGCCUCACUCUCUGUGCCUCUAGUUACCCCACUUAUAACCUCCACCCCUCUCAUAGCCCCUGUCAACUCCUUAUCUAUCAACCUCUAUCCACCCCUCUCAUUUUCAACUCUCCUAUCUGUCUGUCUGUCUGUCUGUCUGUCUAUAACCUCUAGCGACCCCUCUCAUUUUACACUCCUUAUCUGUCUAUCUCCAAUGAAUUCCCUCACUGUGACAUUCUUGUGAGCUAAUGCAGAAUGUGUAUUGUGUUCCUCUCGUUAGGGUUCAGGUUAAAGUGCAUAUAUUAUAUUAUUCAUGUGUAUUGUGUUCCUCUCGUUAGGGUUCAGGUUAAAGUGCAUAUAUUACAUUAUUCAUGUGUAUUGUGUUCCUCUCGUUAGGGUUCGGGUUAAAGUGCAUAUAUUAUAUUAUUCAUGUGUAUUGUGUUCCUCUCGUUAGGGUUCGGGUUAAAGUGCAUAUAUUAUAUUAUUAAUGUGUAUUGUGUUCCUCUCCUUAUGGUUUGGGUUAAAGUGCAUAUAUUAUAUUAUUCAUGUGCGUUAUGUUCAUCUCCUUAGGGUUGAUUAAGGAGGUUCUGACUCUGGACGACCAGAUCAGAAGCAUUGCAAACGAGCUGUACCAGCAGAGGUCCCUGCUGGUUAUGGGCCGGGGAUACAACUAUGCCACCUGUAUGGAAGGGGCACUGGUGAGCACUGCACUCUUCAGCAGGGUAGAGCAGGGCUCUCCAACCCUGUUCCUGGAGAGCUACCCUCCUGUAGGUUUUAACUCCAACCCUGUUCCUGGACAGCUACCCUCCUGUAGGUUUUAACUCCAACCCUGUUCCUGGAGAGCAACCCUGCUGUAGGUUUUCUGUCCAACCCUGUUCUUGGAGAGCUACCCUCCUGUAGGUUUUCACUCCAACCCUGUUCCUGGAGAGCUACCGUCCUGUAGGUUUUAACUCCAACCCUGUUCCUGGAGAGCAACACUCCUGUAGGUUUUCUCUCUAACCCUGUUCCUGGAGAGCCUCCCUCCUGUAGGUUUUCACUCCAACCCUGUUCCUGGAGAGCAACCCUCCUGUAGGUUUUAACUCCAACCCUGUUCCUGGAGAGCUACCCUCCUGUAGGUUUUAACUCCAACCCUGUUCCUGGAGAGCUACCCUCCUGUAGGUUUUAACUCCAACCCUGUUUCUGGAGAGCUACCCUCCUGUAGGUUUUAACUCCAACCCUGUUCCUGGAGAGCGACCCUCCUGUAGGUUUUCUCUCCAACCCUGUUCCUGGAGAGCUACCCUCCUGUGGGUUUUCACUCCAACCCUGUUCCUGGAGAGCACCCUCUUGUAGGUUUUAACUCCAACCCUGUUCCUGGACAGCUACCCUCCUGUAGGUUUUCACUCCAACCCUGUUCCUGGAGAGCUACCCUCCUGUAGGUUUUCGCUUCAACCCCAGUUGUAACUUAUGCCGGGCGUGCGCCACAUGACUUUGAAAAUCCUAACAUUGCUGAGCCUCUCACAUUAAACAACCGUCUUUCCUGUAGUUUUCUGUCUUUCCAACAUAGUGUUGCACACGCUAAACGAUGUAGUCACACACUGUAAGAUUCUUCACGUGGUCGUGAGGAUUCUCCAUACAACGCUGUCUCGCCAAAACAAUGACGUGAUGAUGUGAACAGAUUGUUUACGUAGCUAGAAUGAGCUGUGGCUCAAAGCAGCCUCAUAAACGUCUUCAGUCAGACAUUCACACUUGCCAUACAGAGUUUAAAUAUCUAGCCAAGACAUUUUGAAUUGAAUAAUAUUGCUUGUGAACUUCAGAGCUGUAACGAUUUGAUGCUUUGGCUAAGGACAAGUACAAACGCACACUAGUAGUAGUCAUCUCUCCGGCUGGAGACUCUACACAGUCUGUGUGAUGCGAUACGUCAUCCUCUUUGGUUUCUUCUCUGGCGAGCUCUCAUUGUCUAUAGCUGAUCACUGUUCUCAAAACGUGUCCUUGCACAUCUUACACUACAAGCGCAUUGCAGAUGUAUUUUAUUAUUAUUUGAAAAUAUCGGGACGGCUCAAAGACGUGAUCGGUACCUCUCAGAUUGCGUCUCUGACCCAUUCACAUGAAACAAGCGUCGGUGACGGCCGGGUGCCACGAGUAGCCAACCACAUGGGGAUUUUGUCUCCGAUCUCUAAAACUUGUCUGGGACAGCUAAAUCGGGGCCAAAAUCAUGUAGUGUACGCCAGCUUAACCAGAUUUUAUUUAACCUUUAUUUAACUAGGCAAGUCAGUUAAGAACAAUGAUGGCCUACCCUGGCCAAACCCAGACGACGCUGGGCCAAUUGUGCGCCGCCCUAUGGGACUCCCAAUCAUGUGAUACAGCCUGGAAUCGAACCAGGGUCUGUAGUGACGCCUCUAGCACUGAGAUGCAGUGCCUUAGACCGCUGCACCCAGCUAAUUAUUAGAAUCAGGUUAGGGUUGGAGUGAAAACCUAGGACAAGAACUACAGGGGGUAUUUGGAAAGGUUGGAGUUAAAACUACAGGGUAUCUCUCCAGGAACAGGGUGAGUUAAACUCAGGGUAUCUCUCAGAGGGUGGAUUAAACCCUCGGUAUCUCUCCAGGAACGGGUUGGAGUAAACUACAGGUACUUCCAGAACAGGUGAGUUAAAACUACAGGUAUCCUCCGGAAAGGUUGGAGUUAAACCACAGUAUCUCUCCAGGAACAGGGUUGGAGUUAAAACCCAGGGUAUCUCUCCAGGAACAGGUUGGAUUAAAACCUCGGGUCUCUCCAGGAACCACAGGGUAUUAGGAGGUUAAAAACUACAGGGAUUCUCCAGGAAGGGUUGGAGUUAAACCUACAGGUACUUCAGGACGGGUAGUCUCGGUACUCUCCAGGAACAGGGUUGGAGUUAAAACCGGUAUCCUCAGAACAGGGUUCCUCUCUCCAGGAACUGGGUUGGAGUUAAAACCUACAGGGUAUCUCUCCAGACAGGUUGGAGUUAAACCUACAGGGUAUCUUCAGGAACAGGUUGGAGUUAAAACCUACAGGGUAUCUCCCCAGAACAGGGUUGGAGUUAAAACUACGGUAUCUUCCAUGAACAGGGUAUGGAGUUAAACCUACAGGAGGUACUGUCCAGGAACAGGGUUGGAGUUCAAAACCUACAGGAGGGUAGCGUCCAGGAACAGGUUGGAGUUAAAACUACAGGAGGGUAGCUCUCCAGGACAGGGUUGGGGAGCCUCGGGGUAGGGAGAUGGCUUUCACAUUUCAAAUAACUCUCGGGGGAUCAGAUGGCUUCAUCAACUAUCGUUUAUAUCUUCCUGUUACAGAAAAUCAAAGAGAUCACGUACAUGCACUCAGAGGGCAUCCUGGCUGGGGAGCUGAAGCACGGUCCCCUGGCUCUCAUUGACAAACACAUGCCUGUCAUCAUGAUCAUCAUGAAAGACGCCUGCUACACCAAGUGUCACAACGCUCUGCAGCAGGUCACUGCACGCCAGGUGAGACAAACACAUAGAGUAUACACACAGAGAGGGGGGGGGGGGGGCGGGGGGGACUCUCUCCCUCUCUCUGACUUUGACAUUAAGUAGCUUUUGUACCCCUGCUAUUCAAAAAUAAUUCACCUGACGGAAUAUCACAAUGGACAGAAAUAGUUUAAUGAUUAUAUCAUUAUUGAUGCUAUUUUCCCCUUUCCUCUCAGGGGCGGCCCAUUAUCCUGUGUUGCCAGGACGACCCUGAGAUCACUAAGAAUGCUUACAAGACCAUUGAGUUGCCACAGACAGUGGACUGCCUUCAGGGCAUCCUCAGUGUCAUACCUCUCCAGCUCAUGUCCUUCCACUUGGCUGUGCUUCGAGGAUACGAUGUAAGUCACCAGGCCCCAAUUGUCCUCUGUUACAGCCGACAGCAAUCAUAGCAUGUGUUGUGUCUGAGGGUGUUUUAAAAAAAGCUGUGUGCAUGCUGUGUGUGUGUGUGUGUGUGUGUGUGUAUGUGUGAGACCUUAACACUAAUGUUGAUUUUCUUUCCGUCUUCUUCUCAGGUGGACUGCCCCAGGAACCUAGCCAAGUCUGUGACAGUGGAG